AACUCAUAGCUACCCAAAAGCUCAUCAGGACACAAAACAUAAAGAAAAAGAUCUCUUUGGGGAAGACACGACAAUGGAGCAUUUCUACCUCUCCCUCCUCCUCUUCUUCGUUUCCUUCGUCACCAUCUCCCUCUUCGUUGUCUUCUACAAGCACCUCUCCCACUUCCGGGGCACCAACCUCCCGCCGGGCCGGUUUGGGCUCCCGUUCAUCGGGGAGACCCUCGAGUUCCUGUCCGACGGAUGGAAGGGCCACCCGGAGAAGUUCUUCUUCGACCGCAUGUACAAGUACUCGUCCGAGCUAUUCAAGACCUCCAUCCUCGCUGAGCCCACCGCCGUCUUCUGCGGCGCCGCCGGCAACAAGUUCCUCUUCUCCAACGAGAACAAGCUCGUGACUGCGUGGUGGCCCGACUCCGUCAACAAGGUGUUCCCCUCGUCCCUCCAGACCUCCUCCCAGGACGAGGCCAAGAAGAUGCGCAAGAUGCUCCCCAACUUCCUUAAACCCGAGGCGCUCCAAAGGUACAUCGGGAUCAUGGACCACAUAGCGCAGAGGCACUUCUCGAUGGGCUGGGAGAACAAGGACGAGGUUGUUGUCUUCCCCCUGGCAAAGAGGUUCACCUUCUGGUUGGCCUGCAGGCUGUUCGUGAGCGUGGAAGACCCGGACCACGUGGCCAAGUUCGCUGACCCCUUCAACGACAUCGCCUCUGGGAUCUUCUCCAUCCCGAUUGAUCUCCCUGGAACACCCCUCAACAAGGCCAAGCACGCUGCCAACUUCAUCAGGAAGGAGCUCAUGGCGAUCAUCAAGCAGAGGAAGAUUGAUCUCGCCAACGGUUCCGCGUCGCCCACCCAGGACAUCCUGUCCCACAUGUUGCUGGCCACAGACGAGGACGGAAAGCACAUGAAUGAGCUUGACAUCGCCGACAAGAUCCUUGGACUGCUGAUCGGCGGGCACGACACUGCCAGUGCUGCCUGCACGUUCAUCGUCAAGUACCUUGCGGAGCUUCCCGACAUAUACAAGGGCGUCUACGAAGAGCAAAUGGAGAUUGCGAGAUCGAAACCACCGGGCGAAUUGCUGAACUGGGAUGACCUCCAGAAGAUGAGGUACUCGUGGAACGUCGCGUGUGAGGUGCUGAGGCUUGCCUCUCCCCUGCAGGGUGCUUUCAGGGAAGCCCUAACCGACUUCAUGUUCAAUGGCUUCUCCAUUCCCAAAGGCUGGAAGUUGUAUUGGAGUGCGCACUCGACGCACAGGAGCCCGGAUUACUUUCCCGACCCGGAGAGGUUUGAACCCUCGAGGUUUGACGGCAAAGGCCCGGCCCCUUACACUUUCGUCCCAUUCGGAGGAGGGCCCAGGAUGUGCCCCGGGAAGGAGUACGCGCGCCUGGAGAUACUUGUGUUCAUGCACAACCUCGUCAAGCGGUUCCGGUGGGAGAAGGUGCUGCCGGAGGAGAAGAUCAUAGUCGACCCCAUGCCGAUGCCGGCUAAGGGCCUCCCUGUCCGCCUCUACCCUCACAAAGCCUAAGGAACGGCUAAAUCAAUCAUUAUGAUUGAGCCGAUUAAUUUCUUUGUAAUUUUUAUUAUUUUGGACGGUUUUAAUUUUCUUUUUACUCGUGGAAAAUGAAAUUGUGCAGUUGAAUGGAGAAAAAUCAUGGAUUAUGUUUACCCACUGAAAUGGAAAAAUCAGAAAUAUUGUAAUAAUAGUGGCAAAUCUUUUGUUGCUUCUCCGUAUGUAUCAUGAUAUAUGAAAGUUCAAGUGAUUCCGACUAGUUUAA